GCCUGUCGUUUCAUUGUACGGCUGCUGAUGCUGAGAGGUCGCGCCGAGAAUUAUGUAGGACCAUGAUUGCGGAUUUGAGGAUUAUAGGCCGUGGCACACCGCUAAGGAUUGUUUUCUAGGUAUUCUGACUGCAAGGAUAAUGAGGAAAAGACGGAACUGGAAACGUCAAUGUAACGUGAAGUGAUGGAUGAGUGAGAGUGUUUGAGGAACCUCUGCGUCUGAUCCAAUGGCGAAGAAAGGACGCGCUAAGGGCGAGAAGCCUGAGGCGCUAAUCUCUGCCUUACAGGCAGCCAAUGAAGAUCUCAGAUCCAAACUAACUGAUAUUCAAAUCGAACUGCAUCAAGAAAAAUGCAAGGUGACCAAGCUGGAGCGAGACAAGGUGCAGGAAGGCAAGCGCAUCCGCGAGCAGGAGCAGCACCGGCACACUGUUGCAUUGACGGAGCAGCGCGCCCGUUGGCACGAAGAGAAGCUAAAGGAGCUUGCCGCACUAAGGGAAUCGCUAACAAAGCAGCACGAACAAGAACUAGCCCGUACCACAAAGAUCAAAGAAGGCGAGAUACAGCGUUUGAGGACUGCACUUAGUGCAUUGCGUGAUGGCAGUGGUGAGAAAAUACGUACUGCGCUAACGCUAGAGGCCAGAGAGGAGGCCCGCCGAUUUUUUGACCAGGAACGUGUAAAACUGCUGCAGGAGAUAGCAGAGCUAAAGUCCUCCAAACGGCAGACGGAUGAAGCGCUGAAUACAGUGAUUUUAGCCGACAAGAUGAAGGCGGGUGACUUGCGCUCUGAGCAUCAAGCGCACCAGGAUCAAAUAUCCAAGAUCAAGUGGGACUGUGAACGAGAUAUUAGACGACUGGUGGAUGAAAUCAAAGCAAAAGACAGAACAAUCUUCGCAUUGGAGAAGGAGCUGGAAACAGCAACAGGUUCCAUGCAGAAGUUGCAGUUUCAGAAGGAUGCGCUCGAUGAGCAGCUGUUUCUGGUCAAAGAGGCAGAAUGCUGCCUGGGUAGCCCAAAGAGAGAGAUCCCCGGCCGCGCUGGAGAUGGAGCGGAGCAUUGCGGGAGUCCGGACAUGAGAAGAAACCAGAAACGCGUCUCUGAACUCAAAGCCUCCAUCCGUAAGCUGGAAGACCGCAACACAAUCUUAGUGGAUGAAAGAAAUGAACUGUUGAAGCGUGUUCGGGAAGCAGAGAAACAGUGCAAGCCGCUGCUGGAGAGGAACAGAUUAUUGAGCAAGAAAAAUGAUGAACUGAGCCAGUCUAUUCAGAGAAUGGAGGAUAAAAUCAAAUCUUUAACCAAGGAGAACUUGGAGAUGAAGGAGAAGAUUACGUCUCAUCCGCCACUGAAGAAGCUGAAGUCUCUGAAUGAUCUGGAUCAGGCCACUGAUGAUCAGGAGAUUGAGUUCCUCAAGCUGCAGGUUCUGGAGCAGCAGAGUAUGAUCUAUGACCUCACACGAGAUAGAGAAAAACUCUUAAGGAAGAAGAGGCAUAAACGAAGCAGACAUAUAAAGAGGCACAUUGUUGUAGAUACAUUUUAUGGGUAUGAUGAAGAGUCAAUGGAUUCAGAGACUUCCUCAGUGGCUUCUAUGCGUAUGGAUCGAACUCCAGCCACACCGGAUGAAGAUUUAGAUGAGGGUCUGGCGGCUGAAGAGUCAGAGUUGCGUUUUAAGCAGUUGACGCGAGAAUAUCAGGCUCUUCAGAGAGCGUACGCUCUGUUACAGGAACAGAAAGGAGGUGGACUGGAUGCUGAAAUGGAGGCCAAGGCUCAAGAGCAGCUCCAUGCAGACACUCAGAGGUAUAAGGCCAAAAUUGAGGACCUGGAAAAAGAGCUUGCCUUAAAAGGACAGGACUCUAAAUGGGUGGAGGAGAAGCAGCUGUUCCUCAGACGCAAUCAAGAGCUGCUGGAGAGGGUUGAAAAAUUGGAGAAUGAGAAUGGAAAGCUUCAUCAGGAACUUCAGGACUCUAAAGAUCAGAAUGAACUGCUGGAGUUUCGCAUACUUGAGCUGGAGGAGCGUGAGAGGAGGUCGCCAUUUACCUUACAAAUUCACCCUUUCUCUGAGGGAGUGAGUGCACUACAGAUCUACUGUAUAAAGGAGGGAGUGAAGGACGUGUGCAUACCUGACCUCAUCAAACUGUUGGAUAUACUGGGAGAUAACGGGAACUUGAGGAAUGAAGAGCAGGUGGCCAUUAUUCAAGCAAGUACUGUCCUGUCUCUGGCUGAGAAGUGGAUUCAGCAGAUUGAAGGUACAGAAGCAGCUCUGCAUCAGAAGAUGAUGGACUUGGAGCUGGAGAUGGACAUGUUUUGUAAGCAGAAAGGUUAUCUGGAGGAGGAACUGGACUACAGGAAGCAGGCGCUGGACCAGGCCUACAUGCAAAUCCAGGAGUUAGAGGCAACUCUGUACAACGCACUACAGCAGGAUAAAGUGAUAAAGUACGGAGAACCUCUGGACGAGCUGCAGAAGGACGAGUUACGAACAGCGGUGGACAAACUGCGCAGACAGAUGCUGCGGAAGAGCCGAGAGUACGACUGUCAUGUGCUACAGGAAAGGAUGGAGCUGCUUCAUCAGGCUCAUCAGAGGAUCAGAGAUCUGGAGGACAAGACUGAUAUACAGAGGAGACAGAUUAAAGAUCUAGAAGAGAAGUUUUUAUUUCUGUUUUUAUUUUUCUCUCUUGCCUUUAUUCUUUGGCCUUGAUGUCUGUGACAUCUUCUGCUGCAGAGGAUUUGAAGCAACCUGGAGCUGUCACAUGCAGCUGCAGUUUUCAGGUUGUCAUGACUCAAGGCGUAUUAGUGGCUGUUUUGUUAUGAUUGAGUUGAAGUGGAAAAUGCAGAGUUAAUGAUUAUGGAUUUUAUUGGGAUUAUCUGCAACACUGCACAGCAUUUGACUUCUGGAUUAUGGAGGCAAAACCCUUUGUGGAGAACCAGGACAGAAUGCUUGAAUGCUCACACUUACAGACCAGUGUGAAAAAACCAUAUAAUCAUCAACUGGAGCAUUAUGGAUUAUCUCUGCCAUGCAGGGACCCAUAAUGACUACGAGUCUACUGUAUCUACUGCAACGACUACCAAUCACAAUCCACAAACCUCUUUCUGUCUCACUCUGUUUAGCUGUCUCACCUCCUACACACUUUCGGAAUGGAUGCCUUUGAGGGCACACACACUCACACAGAACGGGGUUAUGAGCACUGACUCAGGGUUUGUUAGUAAACUGACAGUUGCAUCUCUGUUGUCAGGAGCCAUUAGGAGAGUUGUCUUCCUUACUGCCUGAAAACCGAAAGGACAAAGACACAGACUGAGAGAGAAAGAGACCAUCCACACAAGAAGUGCUUUGUUUGCCACUAGAAUGUUGAGUUGACCAUUUCUACAAACUGUUAAGUUGCAAAAAAGAAAGUGAACAAUUAGUUUUUUAUUAUUAUUGUUUUUAUUGCUUUCACUGGGCCUCAUUCAUGAAACAAAAGCAGGUUGAAUGUCUGUGUAAAAUGUUCUUAAAACCAUUCGUAUGCAAAUUGGCGAAUCAUGCAGCAUUUUACACAAAUAAAACCAUACGUAGCAAUUUACACAAUUAAAGUACGAUGAAAUCGUUCUACGUUACAUUUUGGUAUCAUGCGACAGUUCAUGCAAAUGAAACCAUUAUUUUGUUUAUUUUUACGUAAAUUGACGCAUAAUGCAAAAGUAAAACCAUUUUUACUCAAAUGAUUGCAUCAUGUGAAAAUUCAUGCAAGAAAAAACAUUUUUAUAAACUGUAAAUUAUGCAAUAGUUAAUGUGAACAAAAGCAUUAGUACAUAAAUUGUCCCAUCUUUCGAUGGUUCAGACAAGUUAAACCAUUGGUAUGUAAAUUGUCACAUUUGUUGACAGUAAAACUUUUUAUGGGAUAACAUUUUUACUCAAAUUGUUGCACGUGACAAUUCAUGCAAGUAAAAUCAUUUUUAUGUACUGUAAAUUAUCGCAAUAUUGUUGCCACAAAUUGUGCCACAAGUAAAAUGACUCUAUCAUGGGACCGUUAACAUGAAAAAAACAAUUCUUAAAGUAAGGAGUUGCGUCAGUUUACGUCAUAAGCAAAAGUAAGUUAAGCGAUUCAUUUGUAAAUUGUUGCGCUACAGUCCGCGAUAGUUCAUGCAAGCAAAACAUUGUUUUACGUAAAUUGAUGCAUGAUGCAACAGUUCACGCAAGUAAAACCAGCAUGUAAGUUGUCCCAUCAUAUGAUAGUUCAGGCAAGUAAAGCCAUUCAUAAAUUGUCGCAUCAUUUAACGUUUAAUGCGAAUAAAACCAUUUUUAUGUAAAUUGAUGCACCAUGCGACAGCUCACACGAGUAAAACCAUGCAAAACUAUGCAAACAUUUACGGAAGUAAACCCAUUCUUACAUAAAUGAUUGUAUCAUGCGAUAGUUCAUGCUAAUAAAACCUAACAUUUCCGUAUCAUAAAUAAAUCCAUUCUUACAUUUACUUUUAUUCAUUUGGCAGCUUCUUUUAUCCAAAGCAACUUUGGAUAAAGGAAUAUUACAUCGUAAGGAGACAGUGGUACGAAUAGUGCUUCAUUACAAAGUUUCACUAGCAUCAGAAUAGUAGUAUCCAGGACAGAUUAGGUUCUAACAAGAAUAUAUAUAUAUAAUUGUUUUAUGAGUGAGUGGUUAAGUGCUCAUGGAAAAGUUCUUAAGUGUAGCGUUGUAUGUAACAGUUUAUGCAAAUAAAACCAUUCAUUUGUAAAUUGUUGCACAAUGCGAUAGUUCAUGCAAGCAAAUCCAUAUUUUAUGUAAAUUGUUGCAUAAUGCAAUGGUUAACACAAGUAAAAUAAUUUUACGCAAAUCGUCACGACACGACAGUAAAUACAAUUUUUAUGUAAAUUGCAGCAUCACGGGACAGUUCACGCAAGUAAAACCAUUUGUAUGUAAAUUGUCACAUCAUGCCACAGUUCACGAAAGUAAAACAAUUCUUACAUAAAUUUUCGCAUCAUGUGACAGUCAACAGAAGUAAACAUAUCUUAUGUAUCUUAUGUAAAUUGUAACUACAGUUUACACAAAAAUGUGUUCUACUCAUGUUUCAUGAAUGAGGCCCAUUGACUCAUUAUAUUCCAUGUCUAUGAUUAAAGUUCCUCUCUAUGACUGCAGUGUAAUAUACGUAUAUGUUUGUUGAUAUGUACAUGUGUCUAUUUCUUCCUGAUGUGAAUAAACUUCUCCUGCAGCUUGAGCAGUAGAAUCACUCUGCAGUUUAGAAUUGAAUGACUAUAAAUUGCAACGUGUAUUGUGGUGACGGCUGCAGAUGUAAAUGUUUCUGCCUUUCUCGAUUGUCCCUGUAUUUAAUAAUUUCCCCUGUGCCCUGUUCUUUUCUACUCCUUCAAAUGAACAGCUGUAGUAUACUGUACCAGCAGGUCUUUCACUAAUUGGUUUGUACAGAAUGAUCUUUUUAACUCCCUUUAAUUGGCUGUGUCUCUGGCUUGUAAAUACAUUUUUGGGGCAUUCUGUAUACCAGGUUGUUUCAUUUCAUUAAAGUCUAAAUACCUC